UCACGUUUGCCCCUAGCAGCCAACCAGUCGGGCCCAAGUCCCUAGGCAAGAAGCGAUUGGGGGCGAGUGAGCUCGGCCCCACGGUCCCCCGUCCGGGUCCCCCAGCCCCCGCCCGGGAGCGAGGCGGUAUAUCCUGCCCUCCCUGACCACCUCCCCUUCGUGGAAGCGGAGCGGCGGCCUCGCAGUAACGCAGAGGCGAAAUGUAGCGAGCCGGGUGUCGCGCCUGGACGCUCGCCUUGGCUGGGGGUGUGGGGGGCACGCCGGAGGCCGAGGAGGACUGCCGAGGAGGAGUGAUGAGAAGAGGGGGAUCCCUGCACCCCCCAAGACCACGGGUCCCUGCUGCCACACGCCAGGCGCCCCCCUUCCUCCCCAGCGAGGGGCAGGUGUUCCAUACAGAUUCUUGUGACUUUAAGGACCAGGGAUUUGGGAAGGUGCAAGGUCUUCCCAGGAAGGAAGGACAUCUCUGGAAAAAAGGAGAGAGACAGCAGACAGUGCCCUGGGACCAGCAGAGCCCGAGGAGCUGUGGGAAGCUGAAGGAGCCCAACCAGAGGCGGGGGAAGGAGCCACAGCCCCAGGCCGAGGCUGCCUUCUGAAAGAUCUGAAUUCAAGCUACUUUAAUGAAAGAAGGGCCACCCCAGACUUAGCUGGGCUCUUCUACUCUGGAUGCCCCCUGCUCUGAGAAGCCUGCACUGAGAACCAAAGAAGUUAAGAGGCCAGAGAAGCUUCCCCCAAGCACAGCACUGGCCAGCUGGGUCAGGCAUCUGCACCCCUAGUGGCCGGCUGCAGAGUCUGGUGAGGAGUUUCUUGCUCCCCUCCAGCUCGUGGCUUCAGUGCUUGAUGGGGCUGCCUGUUGGUGGAUCAGUUUCUGCAGCGCCUGAUAGGAGCGGAGAGCCGUGGGAAGAGGUCCCGUGGCGACCAAGCCUGGGUUCACCCCAAGACUAAGUUCUUUCCCGAGUUAGAAAGGGAGAGAAAGCAAAAAAAGAGAGAAGAGUUCCCCCUUCUCCUCCUCCCUUCCCGUCAUGUCCUCUAAGCCGGAGCCGAAGGACGUCCACCAGCUGAACGGGACUGGCCCUCCUGCCUCACCUUGCCCUUCAGAUGGCCCCGGGCGAGAGCCCUUGGCUGGGACCUCAGAGUUCCUGGGGCCUGAUGGGGCUGGGGUAGAGGUGGUGGUGAUUGAGUCUCGGGCCAACGCCAAGGGGGUUCGGGAGGAGGAUGCCCUGCUGGAAAACGGGAGCCAGAGCAAUGAAAGUGACGACGUCAGCACAGACCAUGGCCCCGCACCUCCCUCCCCGCUCAAGGAGACCUCCUUUUCCAUCGGGCUGCAAGUGCUGUUUCCCUUCCUCCUGGCAGGCUUUGGGACUGUGGCUGCCGGCAUGGUGCUGGACGUCGUACAGCACUGGGAAGUCUUCCAGAAAGUGACAGAGGUCUUCAUCCUGGUGCCUGCACUGCUGGGGCUUAAGGGGAACCUGGAAAUGACCCUGGCAUCAAGGCUUUCCACCGCAGCCAACGUCGGGCACAUGGACACACCCAAGGAGCUCUGGCGGAUGAUCACUGCAAACAUGGCCCUCAUCCAGGUGCAGGCCACGGUGGUGGGCUUCCUGGCGUCCAUCGCAGCCGUCGUCUUUGGCUGGAUCCCUGACGGCCACUUCAGUAUCCCACAUGCCUUCCUGCUCUGUGCCAGCAGCGUGGCCACGGCCUUCAUUGCCUCCCUGGUACUGGGCAUGAUCAUGAUUGGAGUCAUCAUUGGCUCUCGCAAGAUUGGAAUCAACCCAGACAAUGUGGCCACGCCCAUUGCUGCCAGCCUGGGAGACCUCAUCACUUUGGCACUGCUCUCAGGCAUCAGCUGGGGACUCUACCUGGAGCAGGAUGUCUGGCAAUAUAUCUACCCCCUGGUGUGUGCCUUCUUCGUGGCCCUGCUGCCUGUCUGGGUGCUGCUGGCUCGACGGAGCCCAGUCACAAGGGAGGUGUUGUACUCAGGCUGGGAGCCUGUCAUAAUUGCCAUGGCCAUCAGCAGUGUGGGAGGCCUCAUCUUGGACAAGACUGUCUCAGACCCCAACUUUGCAGGGAUGGCUGUCUUCACACCUGUGAUUAAUGGUGUUGGGGGCAAUCUGGUGGCUGUGCAGGCCAGCCGCAUCUCCACCUUCCUCCACAUGAACGGGAUGCCAGGGGAGAACUCUGGGCAAGCCCCUCGCCGCUGCCCCAGCCCUUGUACCACCUUCUUCAGUCCCGAUGUGAAUUCUCGCUCGGCCCGGGUCCUCUUUCUCCUCGUGGUCCCAGGACAUCUGGUGUUCCUCUACACCAUCAGCUGUUUGCAGGGCGGGCACACCACUCUCACACUCAUCUUCAUCGUCUUCUACAUGACAGCUGCACUGCUCCAGUUGAGAUACAGAACAGUUCCAUCACCACAAGCCUCCCUUAUGUAACCCCUUUAUAGCCAAACUCACCCUUAGUAUCACAUUUUCAAUUUCUACAGAUUUGCUUUUUGAAUAGGUAAUAACAGUCACAUAGUUCAAAAAAUUUGUAAGGUUCAUAGUGAAACCUCAGUGAAAAGCCUUUUCUCCCCUUUUUCCAGCCAUCCAGUUCUGUUCCUCACAGGCCAUUGGUGUUAUCUGUUUCCUUUUUUUUUUUUGAAGUAUAGUUGAUUUACAGUGUUGUGUUAGUUUCUGGUGUACAGCAAAGUGACUCAGUUUUAUAUGUAUAUAUUCUUUUCCAUUAUGGUUUAUUACAAGAUACUGAAUAUAGUUCCCUAUGCUAUACAGUAGGACCUUGUUGUUUAUCUAUAUCUGUUUCUUAUGUAUACGUCAAGUUUAUUCUAUAUGUAUGCAAGAAAACAUACAUAUUUUUCUUAUUUUCCUCCUUUUUUUUAAACACACAUGUAGCACACUAUACAUGCUGUCCACACCCUGCUUUUUUCACUUAACAAUUUAUCUUAGAGAUCAUUCCACACCCAUAUGUGAAGAGCAGAACACCCUGAUUUUUAUGGCUGCAUUCUCUCCUGUUGUAUAGACGUGCCAUAGUUUCAUUUAACCAGUCCCCUAUGGGUAAGCCCUUAUCUAUAACUCCAACCCCUCAUCCCCAACUUUAGAAAUGUUGUGUGUUAGGACAUCUUAGCAAGGGCUGGGCCAACCACAUGCAGUUUCCCCAGGGCAGUUACCCAGUUGCCACGUUCCAUUGUGAGUUGGGGUGAAGUACACUCGGUGGGAAAAGGGAAGGUGUGUGUGCCGAGGGUCUGUGGCUGGAGGGUAGCCCUUGGCCACGUCGGGAAGGAUGAGCCCGGCUUCAUUCCCCAUUGUGAACACGCUGGGGGACACUCUCACCUCUGCUGUCUUCUCUAGCCUGUGCAGGGCCGGAGCAUGGCACUUGAUCCCCUCUAAAUGUUCUUCCUGAUCCCCUCGCUGCCCCCUCCCAGCCAUGUGUCCCAGGGCCUGCUCGGGAGGCUGGAAUUUGGGGACAGCUGCUGCCAUUCCCUUCGUGGGACACGUCCCGAAGUCCUUCUGGCCACGCUCUUUACGUGGGAUGCUUCUGCAGCUGCUGGCAAGGGUGUGAAGUUAUGGGGGGCUGGCCCUCACCCAGGGCUGGGUCCAGGGCCACAGGAGUCCAAAGCAGCUGUGUGUGGGGCAAGGUGGAACGUGAAGGUGCUGGAACUGUAACCUCCGGCUUCCUUGGAGAGAAGACAGGAGAGCAACCAAGUUUGCCUAAAAAUAGGUAUCACUUCUGGCUUCGGGAUCCCCCAGUGGCCCUGGUUCCGGCAUCUGAGCCCCUCAGGGCAGAAUUUGCAUACCACAGUAUUUACAAAGUACAGUCAGGAGUAAAACCUCCCAAAUGACUGUGUUGGAGCUUUACCGUUAGAAACCGUCUCAUUCUCACGCAGAUGCAGUCAUUUGGGGAUCCCCAAAUGUCAGGAAUCAUGCAGACUAUAUAAAAGAUGCAGGCCAGCCCACUCCACCAGAAUAUUUUACACCGAGUUCAUCCCCAACUUAAAAGUGCGUGUGAAUCUUGUUAAAAUGCAGAUUCCGAUUUAGGAGAUCCAGCGUGAGGCCUGAGAUUCUGCAUUUUUCAGAAGCUCCGAGCUGUCGUUGAUGCUACUGGCCCUGGGCCCACUAGCAAGGUUCUAAUCAAGAUCAUUCUUAAUUUUCUGUAGUAAUGGAAGAAAAGCAAGGGCACAGAUAAAGCAAAGCAGCAGAUAAUCCAAAACGUCUUUUGAAUUGGUAUGCACUGUCUGCUUUGUAUUUAGCCGACUUAUUCUUAAUUCUGUUUUGCUAGGACUAAUGUUAAAAUAAACUUGCAUUCUCUGAGCCCACAACAGCAGAAUGGGAAAGGGUCAGGAGGAAGGCAGCUUGGGAUAAUCAACUGUUACUCAGACAGCUGUGCCGGCAGCAGCCUCAAACGCCGUCCUUAUUCCACUCUGCUCUGAGGACAAAUCCCUGUAUGAAAAGCAAACUCCAACCCCCAGCCGGGCUCCCAAAGAGGCCAACAUGACAAGAAUUGGAGUGACCUGAGGAUAGGAUGACCCAGAAUUAGAGGCAAGAGGGCUGAAUUCCUGCAACCAGUAGGAUGUCGAUUAGGAAGCCUCUUGUUUGGUAAAUUUGGGAGCAGAAUGUAAUGCUGAUGUGGGCGACUCCAGGGAGUAGGGGCAUCUUCCUUCCCAAAGAACUCGAAUUACUCGUGUCAUCUGUUCAAGGUGGUCACCGCGGGGUUAAGGAACAUAGAGGUGUUGCUGGGGCGGAGAGACGAGCUGUCCCAGCUUAAGGACUGUGGACAGCCAAGCCUUGUGAUGCAAUGAAUGGGUUGAUCGCGUGGCCUCUGUCUCCCCCUGGAGAGAGGGGAUGGCUGCAGGCUGGGCCCUUCUGUUU